GGGGGUGGGAAUAGGGCAGACAAAUUCACUGAGAAAGGGGCGUAUUUGUAAAUGCAGAAGUAAAAUGAUUACUACAAAACUGAAGCAACUUGGUGUGUGAUGCUACUCUUCCUCAAACUUCAUCGGUGUCAUUACUUUUUUAGGUCACACGAUACAGUGCACCCAUUAGGGCAAAUUUACUUUUCUGGAAGUAGAAGGUACACAAUAUUGAGUAAUACAGUAAAUGUUGCCCCAGAGCUCUGCUAAUUUUGAAAGCUCUUUGGGGAUGCUGUGAAACUUCUCAUUAGGUUAUUUGGAUUUCUUUUUCUGGCCAGUAUUUCUAACUUUAUAUGCCUCUACAUGGUGGUUGGUUUUUUUUGGUUUUUCCCUCACUCAGAUCUAGCUGUUGAAAUACCUGUUAUGUGUAUGUCUGAGGUGGAAAACCUCAACAGAGGUCCUAAAUACAUACAUAAGCAAAUACAUGCUUACAUAAAUAUAGGUCCCCCCCAUAGGAAUUGGCCAAAGACGCCCAUUAUUUGAUUGGAUGAAGUGUGUGGGAAAGGAGACUUUAAAAUAAGCCUUACUGCAGCUAACAUUCACCAAAUUACUGCAACGGUGUUAAAAUGAUGUAUUUUUCUGGAACUGCAGAAACAAUGCACUGUUUUUUGUAUUGACCACUGACCAGUCUGUGCUUAAAUUAACAUAGGGCUUCUAGGAUUUUCCAAAACAAAAUAUUUAGAUUUGACUCUCAGGUUUUAAAUGUUUCAUGUCUAAUUGUACUUAGUGCAGUUAUCAAUGCAAUUUUACAUUCUUAGAGUAAGUAUAAUUGGCACAGAAAGUUGUUUUUUUUAUUGUAAAUGUUUAAAAGAGUGGUGUUAAAUGUAUCUUUUUUCUUUACUUUUUUUUUUAAUUUGAGUUAGAUCAUAAUUCCUAAACAGGUAGGAUUUUAUUUCGUUCUUUAAGAUGUCAACGGCAUGUAAAUAAAAUAUGCUUUUUGGAUGUAAAUCUUAGAAAUCCACAGUGAAUGUAGGCUGUUAAUAAAUAAUUAAUUUAAAACUUGAUAUUCAGUAUGGUGUACAUACAGUAAAACUACUUGCUUUUUUUUUUUUUGCUCAAAAGCCAUAGGAAUGUAAUUGAAAUUACUUAGAACUGAAUGAACUUUCUAGUAUGGUGUACUUUAUUGUUAAUGUCUGUAAUUUAGAACAACUGUUCAUCCGUAACUGAACCUUGAACCACCUGUUGUGAGAAGAGUGCAGUGAGAAGAGCUCUGAGUGAGGGGUGGCUAGGUUUGGAUAACAAAUUAACCUGUUUGUUAAACACCUGUGUGGAAUUGAUCGAAUCCUUUAAGUACGAAUUUGCAGAAUUUAUUAUUUCAGCUAUUUAAUAUGAUGGAAUAGCAGAAAUUUGGUGCAUUUAGAGGCUGCUAUUGCCCAGGACUAAGGUUAUUCCAAAGUCAAUACUCUUUUAAGGGUUGGGCUUCUGAAGGACUAUGGAGGUGCGUGCAAGCCUGACCUUGAAAAUCAUGGUUCUAAUUCAGCCUUUGUACCAAUUGCUUUCUUGUAUAAAAUGUAUUACUUUAAGCUGUUUUUUAUCUUGUUCGCUUACUCUACUUCUGUGGCUGGUUAUUUACACUCUGUAGUCUGUCCCAGUGUUCUACCCUCUUCUGUGACUUCCAAAAAUAAAAUAAAGUUUCACAAUUACCACUACUACUAUGUAGAAUGUUUCAUGUCCUUUCUAUUUUCUUUCUGGCACCUUGCUUGGCCGGACUUGUGAAAUCGGUGGAGUCAAAGCCAAUUCGGAACUGUAGCAGGGCACUCUUCAGCUUAUUUAAAAGGUGUUUUGUACCUCGGUACUUUGCUAGUUAACAGAGAACGUGUGUUAACAAACAGCUUUUCAGGUUCCGUGGCGACAGCUCGAGUCUUCAGCUAUUCUACGAGGUGGAAAUGGCUGCUGGAAAGUUCGUCUGAAACGGUCUGCAUGGAGGCUCGUAAUCCGCACUGACUUCACAGUCAGUGACCCCUAAGAGCCCAUAGCUCCUCCUGUGAGGAGCGCGCCGCCGCCCCCGGGGCGCGAGCCGAGCCCGCGCGGUUCGGCCGUUACCUCGCACGCGCAGCGCCCUGUAACGGUCGAGCACGCGACGGCUUCCUCGCCUUCUCGCUGAGCCGAGGCGCAGGAUAUCUAAGUUAUCUGGAAGAAUACUGUGAUAGAAAAAUUAAUUAACUUCAAGUAAAUAAGAAGCACCUGGCUGCUUGUGACUAUGGAGAAUCAGAUAUUGUUUGACAUAAGAUCAGCUAUAGAUGAUGGAUUUGUAACUGAAAUAUUAAGUCAGAAUAUUCCUGAUAGUUCUGACAACUUCAGCCUGGAAACUGCAGUAAUUAAUAAUCCUGUUGAAGGAUUGUCAUCUAGUCAAGGCAAUCAGUUGUACUCUAUUGAUGUGGGAGAGGCUUUGUUGGAUUGCUUUGAGUAUCCUCUUUCCACUGAAAAUCAGAACACAACAGCAAAAGUUGAAACAUAUCCACAUGGAAGCAGCAGCUGUGACAAUGAAGAUCUUGAAAAAUACAAAGGAUUAAAUCUUCCAGAAGAAGCUGAUUAUAGGCAUUCACCUUAUCUGCCUUCAGAUGGUGGCCGUUUCCUUUCUUCUGUAGUGACACAGCAUAAAAAUUGCGGUGUUCCAACUCCAAGUGUUUUCUCUUCAGAAGGAGCAGCCAGCCAAAAUAUUGGAACCGUACCCGUGUUCAGAUCGUUAAUACCUCCAACUGAGGAUGAGAAUAAUUGUAUUUAUUAUGAUCAGUUUAAAGGAAUCCAAAACAGUCCUAUGCAGUCAAAAAACUUGCCAGAUUGCUUUACUGAAUGCUCCAGUGGUGUCUAUGGCUUGCCUCAGACUAGUGCUUCUGUCUAUGAUGAAAUAGCCGAAGUAAGAGAUGCAAUCAGAAAUGUUACGGAGAGUCACGAAGAUGGAGCAAUUUUUCAGAGUUCAAAUACCGAUGAGUCUAACUGCGAGUUAUUAGCACUGCAUGGUGUGGCAGAGGAACCUGGAUAUUUACACAGAAAUAAUUCCAGCCCCCUGAUGAUCUGUCAACUGGAAGGAGGCACUCAAAUACUCUGUAUAAAGAAUUGUGGCACACAGGAUCUGAAAACAAUCCAUCUCAUUCCACAGUAUGAAGACCAAUGUAAUUAUCUUCCAUCUGAUGCGGACAACCCUGUAACGGCUCUACUGGGGCAGUUUUUGCCUGUUCCAGGUAAUCUGGAUUCAAACAAACAAGAGUUUGAACACGAAUACUUACAAUCAAUAGCUAGCUCUUCUACUUUCCAACCAGAAUCUAAUCUACAUGUGAAAAUGACUUCAGCAGGCCUACCUUUUGGUUCAGGGAUUACAAAGUCUAAGAAACCAUGUAAAUGCACAAAAUCGCAGUGUCUGAAAUUAUAUUGUGAAUGCUUUGCCAGUGGAGACUUUUGCAACAACUGCAAUUGCAAUAAUUGUUACAACAAUCCACUUCAUGAAACUGAACGAUUUAAAGCCAUUAAGGUCUGUCUUGAUAGAAACCCAGAAGCUUUUCUACCAAAGAUUGGACAAAGCGAACUGGGAGACAUUAAACCUCACCAUAACAAAGGAUGUAACUGCAAGCGUUCAGGAUGUCUCAAGAAUUAUUGUGAGUGCUUUGAGGCUAAGAUUGUGUGUUCCUCAAUUUGUAAAUGCAUUGGUUGCAAAAAUUAUGAAGAAAGUCCAGAUAAAAAAACCCAGCCGACCAUGCUAAACUACAUGGACAUUGGAAAUAAUGAUGAAAAUAACCUGUUUUUGACAUCAACAUUUGAAAUUUCACCAAAAUUGGAGAAGGACAGGGAAACAGCUGUAUCUAUUUCUUGGGAAGAUGUGAAAUCAACAUGUGCUUGUCUCCUGGUGAAAGCUGAAGAGGCAGAAAAAGGAGGUUACUCUGUCUGUCAAGCUGAACGCAUAAUCAUGGAGGAAUUUGGGAGCUUUUAACAGUGGAUAUAUCAGAGUACUUCGAAGGCUUGCAUCAGAGAUGGAUGUUGGUGGUGUGGCAGUAGAGGCUGAACCUUCUCGUGACAGCAUUCUGUUAUAUCUUGUUGCUGUGAGACAGAUGGCAGCAGAGGGGCAGUCUGACAAAAUGGCGUCUGACGUCGAAAUGUAUAUGAAGAAAAGCAGAUGAACAGUAAGAAGGAUUUCCAUGAAAUAUAGAAGUACAAGUGGAUCUGUGACCUAAAAAGAUUGUAUGAUGGUAACAGUCUGAAGUUGCACUUUUCCCAUGUCUCAGUAAGCUAUGAAUCUCCAUAUGUAGUAUUUAUGUUCUAUUUUAUGAGUAGAGAUGCAGCAUAAUCUUAUCAUUUAGCCUGGGUUUUGUAUGUGAAUUAUUGUGUGCUUUUUAGAGGGAAACAAAACAAAGUAGUUGCUGUUUAUUUUUAUUUUAUCAUUUACCUACAGAAAAAUUUUACCAAGCCAAAAUUUUACACCAUAACGUUACAGGAGAGAGAAACAGAACCAAAGAGGCAAAACAUCAUUUACCAUUUUUCAUAUUAAUGAAAACAAUACAUCUUCUGCUCUUCUGGAUCUUUUGUUUAGAGUUGAAUCAAAUUUGCACUACAACAAAAUAGAAAUGUUUUCUUGUUCAAGAAAGGUUUGUUUCCUCUGGUGAAGGUAAAUUCUCAAGUGCUCCCGCCUCUUCAAAGAAGGAAAAGAAAUGAAUUAGCAGAUAUGGUAACUAUGCACGACAAUCUUGGCAAGUAAAUCACAAGAUCCAAUUACAGUAGUAUACUUUCUCAUAUAUUUUCUGUUAACUGUAAGUGGUGAAUCUUUGCACUUUUGAUAGGUUACUUUAAACUUUUUCUUUCUUUUAAAUGUUAACGACCUGUUAUAAUAAUGUUACUUCUUUUUUUUUUUUUUUUUUAAAAAGAACUUAGAGUGACAGAGAGUCACUACUGGUCUCAAACUUCAAAAGUUUUAAUAUUAAUGGCAGCCCCAUGCCAUUCUACAACCAGCUUUGCAUGGGUAAGACUUUAAAACUGGAGGGGAGUCAUUUCCAAGAGAAAUGGCUGAAGCCACUUUGUGUGAUCUCUAAGGCAUUUCUUAUAAUGGUAAUACCUGAAACAAUCACUUCAUCUCACAGAUAGAUAGAAAUUCAUGUGUAAUCUGAGUAAUCAUCAUUCCCUGAUGCUGAAUUCUGUGAGUGGCUGUCCCUCUACCUUCGAAGGAACUUAUCUAAAUGAAUAUAUUUAAUGUGGUAAAGUGACGUUUGAGGAAAAAUGUUAAAGCAUCUCUGCCACAGUAGCGUAGUACCAAAGUAUAUUUUUCACCUCCAAAAUUCAUGGUUCUGAUUUGGUGUAAAAGUUUGUACUAGGUCUUGGCAAUACCUACUGCUAGGGGAUAAUGUGACAAUAUUCUGUCUUUUAUAAUCUGGGAAUACAAGAACUAUCUCAAGGAAAAGCCAUUUUAUAUGAUCUGGAGAUACUAUUUUCCUGUAUUCCAAGGUCAGAUAACAAUACCAUCUUUUCUGAAUAAAAGAAGGUGUUUAGCACUAAAUAACAUAUGCUAAAUAGGGAAUUGAUAGUUAUAGUUAUUCUACAUCUUUUUUCCUCAUUCAUCCCAGGGAAGGAACCAUUUGUAUUUCUAUGAGAUGCAUUUUAUUUUCUUGCCCAACAGCUCAGUAGGUCUUAACCUAUUCACCACAGUGGACUCUCACACUUUGCAUAUUUCACAUUCUUUCCUUUUUUAUCCAGUUAUUGUUUUUGCUUCCCUAGGCUCGGAUAGCGAGGUAUGGAAAUAAAUGUCUAGGGCUCUUUUCAGGGGCAUGCUAAACAAGCUAUUUAUUUAUCCACAGUAAAUAUACAUGCUAAUAAUGUUCUUUAAAUGUAUGCAUUUGAAUUCUCUCAGGCCUUUAGCACUAGCUGUAAGGAGUUUUGCAACAAAUGCAGAUAUAAGUAAGCAUUGGGUAGAUGUUUUCAGUACUGAAAAUUAUUUUGCUUGAGUGCAUGCAAAUCAUUUAGAAAAUUAUGCCAAUGUUGUCUAGAAUUCAGUUUCCUAGGUAUACAGAAAUUUCAUAGAUCUCUUGAAUGUCUUUUAUAUAAUGAAAAUGUCAUAUAAGACCUUAUUCUUUGUUACUGUUCCACAUCAUGUGACAAAAUUGCUUAUAAUUUGUUGUAUUCAAAGAUAAGAGCAUAGAAGUUACAGAUUGCCUGCUUCCUGAAACAGAGAAUUCUCAAUCAUUUGCAAAGAAAAUCUUUUCCUCCUUGUUCUCUUCUUUGUAAAUAUAGGCUAAGUUUUUAAAUGUUUUGUAGAUGGUUCUAGAAGGGCAGAAGACAUUUUAAAACAUUCAGUUAUCUUUCUUCACGUGGAAGUUUUUUUUUGAGAAAAUUAUGAAAAGGCUCAGAAUUGUGAUUAAAAUGAACAAAAUCAGAAGCAGACAGAUUUUUUCUUUACCUGAUGAUAUAAUGAAGCUACUGUUCUUACAAGACCAGCUGUGAGCUCAGUUUUACAAAUCUUGUCAGAGUUCUGUGACUUCCCAUAGUUUUGCCUGCAGCAUUUUGAGCUGUUUGCUAACGUGCAGCUUGGUGGUUUUGCAACUUUAUGAUGUGGCUUUCUUGGAGGAUGCAAGGAGAAAGGGAGACGCAUUUCUUCAUUGUUAACAAGUUUGUCUGAAUUUCAACCAACUGCUCUUGGAGAAAUACAGGCAGAUCUGCAGCAGGCAUAUGCAUUCAAGACUAGUCCUGAAUGUCACAGGAGAAAGGCCAACAGAAACAGGUCUUCAGUGUUCCUGCUAAAUGUAACCGAAUUUAAAAGUCCCAGUCCUGUGCUAUGGCUACAUACUUGUCAAAGCUGUUACUGAAUUCAAUGAAAGUUCUAAGUAAGAUAUUUUAACUGACAUCUGAAGUAAGUUGAGUAAUGCCAGAAUCACAUUCUGUCAUUCUUCCUCUGACAUCUGGGAUGCUGUGAUGUCUUGUAACGCUUCCAGGAGAAAGGAAAAAAAGGAAAAGGAAGCAUUUGCCUUAUGGAAAUUACAGGGUAUACCGUGAAAGUGCUCACUGUCACUGGUCGGCUUUGACAUGGAUGCUGCCCAAUGGAAAGGACCCCCAUGGGAGAUGAGUACUUACAGACAAAACCAGUCCGAAUGUUUCUGACAGGGCGGCACAAAGGAUUAAAGACAGAAACAGGAAACCCACACACCUCUGCAUCUGAAAAGAAACCGCACCAGGGUAAGCUUCAAGUCGCUCGCUGCCUGGCUUCUAGCUUGGAUCCGCAUAGCAGGUGAGCAAACCGGCCGCUGAUGAGGGGUGAGGAUGAGCCUUCCUCCCGCGGGGGCCCACACCCCAAUUCCCUCUGGGGAGCAGUGGGACAAGGCUGAGAGGUGGGAAGGGGCUGAGUACCUUGAGCUGGGGCACAACGGUGUCUCGCAGGGAGCUGGCAGGUGGCGAGAUGGCUGUCCCACGGUUGACGCCGAAAUGUCCCACGGAUGCAGUCCCGAUGGCUGCUCCCGGCGGGCGCUCACUGCAUGGCCCCGGUGCUCGGGCACAGCUCUGCACACCCACCCUUCGUCCCCUCCGCUCUUUAUGGGCUGCGGAGCCCCCCCACUCUCCGCCUCCUGUGGGUCAUUUUACCUCACCAACCCACCGCAUUAGGAAGGGCAAAAAUUGUAGCAAUUCAAUUAGAGGCUUUUGGAAGCACGACGCAGGCUGCAGAGAGAUAACUGUCCAGGCAAUUAGCCGUAAUUAGGGUGGCCUUGGGCAAGCUGGCAGUGAGAGGAGCUCUGUCCUGGGCAGUCUGGCAUGCGCUGCAGUGUGCUUAUCAGUGGAGACCAAGCGGACAGAGCUGAAUUCAGCUUGCUUUUCACUGAAUCAGCUACGGAAGCAGAGCUAAAUACAAACAACUAUGUGUGAUGCCCACCAGCGAGAUUUGCAAUGUUUAGGCAUUGCAUUUGGGAACACAAAAGACUAUACUCUCUCUCUCUUUCUCCCCCUCUCCCCCAGCACCCCUCCACUUGCACCCUCAGGCACUCGUGGCCCCACGAAACCCCUUUGAUUCCCAUGCCCCUUUGCCCCAGCAUCACAGCAAAUAGAGUUAAAGAUACUCAAGUUGUUGUACUUUCCUGCUGCUUUGUACUUUUUUAUUGCUUUCGGAGUUGGUCAGCAAUCUGUUUGUUCAUUGCCUAGGCUGCAAUACAGCAAUGUUUUGUAUCUGAGAUACCACUUUUUUUUAUUCCUUGUCCUCAAGGUCUUGUGUGAAAUGUAGAAAUGAAGCUCUCCCCAGUGGCUAGGCGUGCCCCAGCAUCUUAAUUACAGCCUGUGAACUUUCAGUUGUUUAUCUUAUCUGUGCUUACAGCCAGUGUAGGUAUGUGCAAAACCAAAUUACAAGGCAAAGAUCCUCAUGUCGUUUCCCAGUGUCAGAGAAUAUAUCCUGCCAAGUCAUAUUUUUUCAGUGUAAGUCCCCUUAACUCUUCUUUCAGUAUGAAGAGCCUAAGAGAUGAUGUACAGAAUGUUAUGCUUCCAGCUCCUUUUUCUGAAGCUGCUUAACAUUCUUUGCAAACUUUUACAGUGCAUGUGUGUGAACUUGGAUACAGAGUAAAGGCUGCUAGCAGGUGGCAUCAAGUGUGAUCACACUGUUAAAGACUGUCUUCAGCUACUGUUGUGCAGCAGUGUUUCCCUUUCUUAAAUCUGCUGUCCCAGAGUACACCCAGCAUCACUAUGGCUCAGCUAUGUGCAGCAGAGGAUCCCUUUGGAGCAGCUGGAUCUGGCUGUGAUCUGACAUGGAGCAGUGCCCUGCUACCAAACCUUGGCAUAAUAUGGAAGUACAUCAAUUCUUCACCUGAAUUGUAAUAACUUCAAUUUACAAAUGCUGAGCUAAAACAAACGCAUAUUUUCCUUCAGAUUAGUUCGAAGAUCAGGUAUGUCUUUGCAUUUUAUUUUUUUCCUUUCUUCUUUUCCUCCCUCCACACCUUCUUCCCCUCUCCCCUUUCCCUUCUUUCUUUCUCACAGCACCGCAGUUCAAUUAUUACUGAAAAUUUACAGGCUCCUUUUUCCCUAAAUAAUCAAAUAAAGCAAAUUAAAUAAACCAGAAAAAAUCAGAAAUAUGCCUGGCAGACAGCUAGCCUACUAGUUUUCUUUUGUAAUUGAAUAAUAUUUAUCAAAUAAGCUUGCAUAUACUGGAAAAACAAGAAAAAUUAUGGACUAUUAAAAUACUUAUGCCUGUUUUUCAUUAGGUAUCUACUGUCUUGAAAAGGUAAAUGUGCAUUUUCCUCUUGAAGUGUUAAUGCACAAUUUCCUAAAUGUUUUGGUGAUAAACACUUCUCUCAAGGUAUAUUUUGCUAGCAUGAUAAAAAUAGGAAUAAUUUUAUUCUGUUUCCAGUUUAUUUUUCUUUAUAUGUCCAGGAUACCAUUAAUGCAUCUCUGUGAAAAGAAUUUCUAUCAGUAACUGCAGCAUCUGGCAUCACCCUCAUGUGAUUCAACAAAGGAAAGAAAUGCUGUGGGCGGUCAGAAGGACUACCUCUGCUAGAGGCAGGAGACACCGGGAUGCAUCGCAGAAACCUGACUGUGCUGCAAGAUGAACUGAGAUAAGUGCUUUUCAACUGUUUUUACUUGCCUAUUUUUGAACUGGGUCACCCCAGGUUUGUUCCAUAUUCCAUACUGUCAUCUCGAUUAGAUGAACAGAGUGAUAACUGUCCCAUCUGUGAAAGGACAUUUAUGCCUUUGAUUUGAUUCUAUGAAUGACUAUUUUUCAUCCUUAUAUUCAUUUACCACGUAAGUGAGGCUGCAACAGCCAAUAAUACCUUUUCAAAAUAAUUCUGCAGAAUGUUACUGCUGACUACAUUUAGUUAGUUGUAGGCCUCGAUAUGAAGAAAAUCUGCUUGUUAACAGAAAAACCAUCACUGUAAAGUUUAAAAAAACAAAACAAAACUUAUUUUGUGCUGUCCUAAGAUUGCAUUGAAUUGCAUCUCUGGAAUAAACCACAGAUGUGGUUUCAGAUUUUAGACUGUGACUGUAAAAAAUGCUGUAUUUUCCCCAGGCCCUUUUUCAGUUGUAACUCAAGCACCGAGAAGACAGCUAAUGAUAAAAUGCUGGAAAAUCCAUCAUUAACUCCAUAGGCAGGAGUGACCUGCCUCGUAUUAUCUGGUUUCCUUCACUGCACAGAUCCUAUAUCUCCUGCGUGCACAAUGCAAGCAAUUACUGUAGUUGUUGAAAUCUAAAAUGCUUAUCUUCUGAAGUGGCAGCUCUGCUUUCUUCUGAUCUGAAGCUCAGAUGUUAGAAAUAGGCAAAUCAUUUUCUUUUCUCUGAUUUUUCUCAUAACAGACAUCUUGAUCUUGGUUUCAGAAAUUGUUACCGUAUCUUUAAAGCACAUCACAUUUAUCUGCCACUUAUCGCUGCGUGGUCUACAGAUAGAAAAUGACAUUCGUAGUUUAUAUAAAUGAAAUUUACUCAUUUUAAGUAUAUUUGUGGUUAGCUUGCUUACUUUAUUUGCUUUUUAUUCCCGCAUUAACUCUUAUUUGCAGAAUGUAUGUGAUACUUAGGGAAAAUUUAAUGAUUUCAAAGCCAUUUCAAUAUUUAGAUGCAUCUAAAAUAUUUUUUAUUAGCCUUCUGUAGAUGAAGACCUUUAAAAUGCAAUUGGUGUCAACCACAAUGCCUUGUGAGUCAUUCUGGGCUAUUAAGAAGCAUGCUAAUCAUUUCUCAAGCCAGCACUUUUAAAACAAAGUCCUAAUUCAUGGACUAUUUUGAAAAUGUUGAAUAGUAAAAUAGUCCUCUUAGCUGCAGACUAAUCCCACUGUAAGCAAAGUGGAUUACAUUUGUCUGUAGGCAUAUCUAUGUAUCCUUAUCGCUCUGUUUUCUGGGCUCUGUUCUAUUGCACAGUCUGGUUCCUCAGCCAGCCCUCAUAUUGAAUUUUGCUGAAAUAGUUAUAGAAUAAUAACUAUUUAUAACAGUAAAUAUUAACUCUGCAGUUCAUGAAAUUGUUCAUAACCAUACUUCCAUCACCUGGCUUAAGGAUGCAGCCCUAGUGCCUUGGGCUCGGAUGAUUCUUCAGAAAUUGUGCAUGCUGUUAGUGCUCCUUUUUUAAGUGAAAAAACAGCAACACAAAAAGAGAGACAUUGUCAGAAUCGGACAGAUGAGUAUCACUGUCCUCAAGGUGACACGAGCAGAUAUCUCCAUUCCUCUCUGUGGAUUCCAUCGCUAUCUAGACUGCAGAAAUACCUUCUGCUCCUCAGAAACACACUUCUGGCAAAGGACACAGAAGGCUUAAGUAAAGCUUCGGGACAUUUUUUCAGCUGCUCUGUGGAUUCACCUUCAUAACCCACACGGUAAGGUUCAUUGUAACCCACCCUCACCUUAGCUGAUCCUGGGAUGUAGGUAAGUGUGGAUUCUAUCAGAACAUUGGGGUGCUCUCCGUAACAAUGCUUGGGUAUUUAUCAUGUAGUAUGGAAACAUUUCAUUUCAAUUCAGCAUCACGAUAUAAGGCUUCUAGGGAGAUUGCAUCACGGAUCAAAAUUCAUGAAGUAAUUUUAACAGGAAGGAAUUAAAACGUAGCUAUUUGCAGGGAACGUGCAUUGGGAGAAGUAGGAAAACUAUUGUUGUGCAAAGCUUGGCUUUGUGUAAGUGCUUUUCUAAUGCAGAACUUGUCAACAGAAAAAUAAGCAGAAAACGGUUCUUUAUGUGCUCUUUGCUAUGAAGAUGGGCUGUAUCAUAACGACGUAGAUUGUAUUAUUUAUUCCAAACUCUGACCAGUAUUUAGAGUCUAAAAGGGGACACAAAGCAUAGAAAAGCUUUCUUAAGGAUAACAGUGUUUUUAAAACAGCCUUAAUGCCAAUCUGUCUGUAUUUUGGCACGCUUAACUUACUGUUGUGAUGGUAAUACUGAGCCUAAGGAGCUACAAAGCUCAAAUGUAAGGAAGGAGUGUCAGAUGCCAGCAAGCUCUAACUUUCAGAAUACAAUAUUUCUUCAUCUGUAGUUGGCAAAAGCAUCCAACAGCCAUAAGAGGGCUGUAUCUCAGUGAGGAGUUAAAGGGCUCUAAAAUCAGCUUCCACUUCCAAACCAAUUUUUAUCCUUGUAGGCAUAGUAUAUGAAAAUACAGUAAUAAUCAAGUAGUGCUGUGGGCCUCAUUCCCUCUAGCUGGAGGCACUGUUGGAAUGUUAUUAAUAUCUAAUCUGAAACCAGCUGACAGAGAAGUUCCAUUUGUACUUUAAAGUGUCCAAUUAUGCCAGUAUUUCUGUGAUUAAUACACAGUGCUGUUUACACAAGUGAGAAAUGUUCUACGUUUUGAGCCCUCCUUUUAAUACAGAUGUGGUUCGCAGCUUACUUUUCCAAGCAGGCACCCGCAGUUCAUCUGACUCAGAGAGACAGUAAUAGAUGGCAGGAGGAAGGAGGAAGGAUCCUGCUCCUGAUUACCCCCAUUGGUAACUGGCACGUGGGCCUCCUGAGCUGAGGAGGAUUUCUAUGUAGUGAGCAGACCUGAUGUUCUUAUUAGCUGUCAUUAACUUCUCUAACCACUUUUAAACCUGAGCUUUAUAUAGUUUACAGAUUCAUGGCUUGACAGUUAAUUUCUUGUGCAGGAAAUCCAUCAUUUUCUCUUUGUGAUUUUCUCUGUCUUCAUCAUGUUCUCGGUCCCUUUGUUCAGUGCAGAAGACAGAAGAUGUUUUGCACGUGUAUAUGUGUAUGUUUCUUACCUUUGCUCAUCUUUGCUGUUGCUCUCAAUACCCUUUACUGUUAUUCUUUCCGUGCUUGCAGGGAAGCGGUAUUUGAGUACAAAUGGAUUCAUAGAGGUAAGGUCCUUAUCUUGUUUCUAGUAAACUCUGAAAUCCCUCCAGUUGUUUAGACUACUACCUAGCGUAACGUUGCUAUUUGCCAAAAAUAAAACAUAAUUCUGAGGCUUUUUGCUCAGUGUGGCAGCUGCAAGUUUCGCUCUGUACGUUAUGAGUGCUAAAACCCCAAGCACACUGCUGGGAUAUUACUGACAUAGAGCUUCACCUGCCGUUUUAUCGACUGUUUUUAUUCAGCGUUGCAAAAUCUUUUUUUAACACUGUGCUGAUGACUAACCAUUUCACUCUUCUAUUUCAGGUUGGAGGACAAACCUGCUCACCCUUCCAUGUGUGCUCUUCCACAUCAGUUAUGCAAAUGCUAGGACAGCCCCAUCAUUGAUCCGUGGGGGAUUCCGGAGCAAUGCAGCUGGGUGUGAUGGAGCAAAAGGCAUUUGUGACUAAUGUGAGUGAGGUGGGCAGCUCUGCACUGGGAAAGGGCACUGUCACAGAAACAAUCUGCAUAAGUUUCAUCUACAGCCGCUACAAAUGGCAAGAAGGCAGCGAGCAGUCCUUGCACAGAUUCAUACCAUGAUGGCAAAGAGGCCCAGCGUGUCAUCUGCAUGAACAAAUGGCAGCCACUGAAACAGAGUAAGAACACUCCUAGAGAUCAGCAGGCACAAACUCAGGUGAGUUAACUUCCUUUGGAUUGCAUUAGACCAUUCCUUAUGCCAUCUGGAUGUUUGUUACACCACAGAGACCCCCACCUUUCCCAUACAGAGGGCUAGAACAGUUCACAUCUGUACAAUACCAAAUUCAAAGCCACACAGUAAACCUGUUUGUGUAUUCUUGAGAGUAGUGCUGGUGGCAGUUGUUGAAAGAGCUAAAUCAGUCACCUCACCAGUGCAUCAACAACAGAAGCAUAACUGUCAAUAGACUAAGAGCACCAGUACAAGUUCACAGGUAAAGUCAACAGCGAUGAUCACCAAUACUGGAAAUCCCAUUUCCUACCUAAGUUUCUGAGACUUAUCGACAAAAAGGCUCAAGUAUUUCAUGCCUACAAGAAGCACAGCAGGACCCUCUUCAACAAAAGUUGAAGUUGGCCUCAAAAACCCGGAGUCAUCAGUUCCUCCUCCUCCCCAAACCCAAUCACAGUCAUGCUGCCCAGACACCAACAGAAGCAUCAACAUUUGCAGAGACAGAAGCUAAAGAACAUUCUGUAUUACUGAAGCACUUCAGUAUGGGCUGAAUCAUAUGCACACGUGCCUCUUCCUUCUAGGAUUCCAGAGCUCGGUGCAUUUAGGAUAUGCACCAUGUACAUGGCACCUGGCUGCAUAAGAAAAUAUACUUCACUCAUAGACGUGCGUGUAUCUCUAUAUUUAUGUACACAGAUUAAAAGUUCUCUUACGUGCUUGGACAUAUUGCAUGAAUUGGGUAAAUAACACACUUGAUGUCAGCUUCCACAUCCCAAGUUCAGAGAAUUAUGUCUUUGAAGUACAUUAAACUAGAUGUACUCAGUGCCAGCAUUAAAAAAAAGCUGCACACUCAGUUUGCCGUUCAGCUUCUCAAGCUGCUUCAUAAUGAGGAAAUGACAGAAAAAUUAAAGAACACAAUUCUGUAGAUAUAUCAGCAUCCCAAAACUCCUCAUUAGAACCCUUCCUGAUUUGAAUGUUGGCUGAUCAACACACACACGUCCUGUACGUCUCACUCCAGAGCAGAACUCAAAUUUGAAAUUCUUUGAGAAUGUGAAAGCACAUCUUAAUGAUGGUUUAGCAGAGAAUACAGAAGAAUCACCUCCAUUCCUUUUUUAUCAUUUUUUAAACCAAGCAGCAUUAGCAAGUGAUUAAUAAGGGUUUUUAUAAGGAUACGGGUAACAAAUGUAGAUAUAGUGCUCCGGGGAAACAAGGCCACUUCAAUUUUAGCAGACAGAGCCACCGGGGUUAUGGAGCUAUGUGUCUCAUCUCACUGUCUGAUAUAGGAGCCAUGAGAUGACAGUCAACACUUCAGAUCUUCCAGUAGGAAAAAAAAAAAAAAAAAAACAAACAAACAACCACCAAGAGUGAUUUUCCUGCCAAUGAUUUUUGCCUGGCAUGAGAGAAAACAAGUUUCAUUUGCUAUGUAUGCAUCAUCAAGCUUCAGGACCUCAGCAAAUGAACCAGGUUAGCCUACUACCCAAAAUGAAAUUGUGGCCUCAAACAGAAAACUGGUUUAAAUCAAAAGGGGAAGGGAAAAACCUACCAUCAGUCACACGCAUUUGUUCCCAAGAACAAAAGCAGGAACAGUCACACACACUAGAAGUCAAAGGCAGUCCAGGCCUAUCUGUAAAUAACAGCUUCAGGUUCCAUUUGAGAAAGAUGAGGCAACGCUACGACUUCCUUGAGAAUCGACCACCAACAUGAUCAUUCACAGACUAUCUGAGUGAGAGAACAAGCUGCAUCUCACUAUUGAGAAACCCGACUCAACAGCAGCCAAUCAAGAUUUGUGUGACUGCACAUCACAUACAGAACAGACAAUCAUGAUUUAAAUUAGAGUCUUCAGAAUCCAAAUCUCAAGAUGCAGAGAACACAGAUCACAGGAAAGGCACCCACCAGCACUCAUAAGAAAUCAAAAAUGAGAAAUGAGAACACUCCUCCUGAAGUCGGUCUUGGAAUCAGCUCUGCAUUACUUAAGCUAAGGCCAGGCUGAUGGACUAAAGGUAAUCUGAGCUCAUCUUGCACAGCAGCUGCUGAUUCCGAGAGAAAGAAAUGCAUCAGACACUAACCCUGCCUCACCUAUAGGAGAAAGAAAGGUUGAAAAAUACUACUAGCAGAGCACCACGUAAAGCACAGUUCUCUACACUGCUUUAGCUUGUAGCAGAAGAGGAAGAAGUAUGUGGGGACUUCCUGUGAUGUCACAAAGACAAGUUUAAUGCCUCUAUUUUAUGCUAAGAAUCAUUUUAAUUCUACGAGCUUACACUUUCUCCAUACCGUAACCUUAGUUCUGACAAUAAUGGCACAGAAGGAUGUCAGUGCUUCACCCGAUAGAAAAUAAGAUGCAAAAACUAGGACAGGAGCUAAAAAAAAGCCUGUUGCUUUCACAUUAUCUUUUAAUUUCUAUUCUGAUUUUGAGAAACAAUGCACACUUCUUCUACAGCAAAGCCUGAAGUGCUCAUGCUGCAUUGCACUACUGGCCAGAAGCGAUCUGUUUAAGUAUAUUAAUAGCCAGUUAUAUACGAUAAAUAUUUCCUAACUAUAUAAAGUAUACGUCAGAACAAAGUAAUCUCUGAGGAAAUUAAAGCUAAUUUCAACAGGAACAUAAGUUCAUUAUGAAAAAUUGAUCUUCCUAAGUCUUUCUUACCUCCUCAUUGGAACGUCACAGUGAGUUUCCACAGCGUGCAGCUGACAGUGCAGAACCCAGUUUGAAAGAGAAACUUCGCUCCAAAAAUGUUAAAAUUUAUGGUUAAAAUGAGUUGCAUUUACAAGGAUUUAAUGAGAUUACUUCAGCUGUCCUGCUGUCAGCGAAUACCUGUCAACUCACUCAACAGAAAGCAUCACAUUAUUAAUCAAGCCAACAGCCUACACCUUUACUUAAAUGGAAUAACCCUGCUGAAAAGUCUCAUACAAGGCUUAUACUUGUAACAGAGGCUUGCAGUGAUGUAACCAAGCAAGGUGGCAAGAUUCAUCCACUCUCCCAGGUAACAGAGACAGGUCUGACAAGGCUGGGAGCUACCGCACACACUGCUGGUUUAGCUAUGUCUGUCCAAGUCCUUUCACAGGGGAGUCCUAAAUCCACUGCUCUUCCACAUUAACUGCCACAGCAUCCCUGUUUUCAGUAACUGCACCUGCAGCCAUUUCCAUGAGCACUGUGACACGCUGCAGUUGAAAUAAGCUUGCUACGACUGGCUAAGUGCUACUAAAUACUGCAGGAAGUCAAACCUAUACGACAGUAUUGGACGUCAGUCCAUCUUGCAAGUAAAAUAUCUUUCAGGAGAACUGAAGUUCACGGCAAGCAAGUCAAAUUUGAAUAAACAGAUCAGGUAAUAGAGCCAUUGAGAACAAUUUAUACAAGUUUGUUCAAAUCUCUUUAAGCCUGUGAGAAAACAAAAGUGCUGAGAACAGAUGACGCAGGAUAUCCCUUCAGUGCCGAAGCCUUCCCUUCCAGUUCAGGAUUUCCAGUACAAGUAAUAUACUUGUGGACAAAACAUACCACAGGCCUCAGAACAAGCUCACUACAUCAAAUCUAGUUUAAGUCCCAGGCUUAACACACCUCCCAACUUAACAGCAAGUGCAGUAGCUCAGAAUAAGACCGCUAGAAUCAGCAUAAAGUAGGUUGGCUUACCUUCUCUCCAGCGCACCCUUUAGACAGAAGGCAGACUACACCGACAGAGCAAAUUGCACUCAGCACCAUCACAUCUCUACUCACCUGAAAGCACAUGGUAGGAACCGAGGGAAAGGAGACAAAAUAUGCCUUUUCAAUGUUGGUCUCCUAUAUGAACUAAGUAGCGGACUGUCGCAUCAGUUCAGUAUGAGAAGGACGGACAAACUACAAGGCUUGGCUGAACUGCAGGCAACAGGGCUGAAAUACAGUUGAUGACUGACAUGCUGUCGGUACCGCCUUCGCUCUUCUUGCCUAUGUAAGAAGUUAACGCACCUUGCUGGCGAGGGACAGAUCACUUCACUGGAAAGGACAGAAGCGAGACACCAUCCCCGCUCUCCUGCACAUGGAAUUUACACCUGGACCACAAUUCCUGCACUGAAGCGAGCACUUCUGUUUCCAAAACUGAUUAGAAAGUGACGAAAGGACAACUGCCAGCCUUAGCAUUAAUCGAUAACACUUUUGGCAAAGGUGCAACUGGAAGCAGUUCUACAAUUAAACAACACAAACGGACUCAAUUCCAUCAUUUAUGAGGUACAAAUAAAAAGGCAACUAUAGUUUCCAAUCCCUUCUAUCAUAAUGUUUUCUCUCUCCGUUUUCACACAGCUGAUGAGCUUGCAACAAGUGGCUGCCAAGGUUUGCUGAGGAAAAUGCAAGACAGGAAGCAGUAAGUGCAAUGCCAUUGGGCUUUUUGCCUUUUUUGUUUUAUUUCUGUACGCAAUGUAAUGUUUAGGCACCUUGCUUGGGACGCUUCCUAAAAUAAAUCAUUGGCCAUUGUUUAGAGUA